AUGAUUUCAUUGUUGUUUCCGCGGUCGCCUUUGUGCACAGCAGCCAUAGUAUUCUACACUUGUGUUUGCAUUCCCUUUUGGAGGAUGAAGAAGGAGUGUGGAGAUGCAGAAGCGCAUGAUGAUGACGGUUACCACCUAACGGGUGUGAUGUUCGGGGACAAGGAAAAGGAGGAAAUUUGCUGCCCCAUAUGCCUUGUGGAGUUUGAGGCUGAGGAUGUGGUGACCCAUCUCCCUAGAUGCGCUCAUCUCUUCCAUAUCCAUUGCAUUGAACCUUGGCUUCUCCGUGGCCAUCUCACUUGCCCUCUCUGCAGAUCAUUUGUCUUGUCUCCUACUUGUCCAACCCAUAAUGCCAAUACUAAUGCUCCCUCCUACUCCUCUUCCACCUUGUAUCUCUCUUUCUUGUUCCUUUUCUGCCUCUUUCUCCAUCUAAUUGGAUACUUGUAG